AUGAGUGCUUCAAAAUCAUAUUAUCCAAGUUUUUCACCAUUAGAUUUAUAUUAUCUUUCAGUUUCAUCGGAUAUUUUUCAAUAUGGAUAUAUAGUUUUUUUGAUUAUUGGAUUUAUUGGUAAUAUUUGUCAAAUAAUGACAUUUUUACGUAAAACAAUGAGAAAUAUUAGUACUGGUAUACUUUUUCUUGCAUUAAGUGUAUCCAAUAUAAUUUAUCUAUUAGUAUCUAUAUAUGUUUUAAUGAUUUAUGGUUUUCAAAUUUCUGAUCAAUCAAAUUAUCCUAAAACAUGUCAAUUUCGACAUUAUAUGGUUUAUCUUUCAACGAAUUUCAGUGCUUGGAUGCUUACUUUAAUUUCAUGUGAUCGUUGGAUACGUUCGCAAUUUCCUAUUAAAGCUCAACGAUUUUGUACACCACGAACAGCUAUUUAUUCAAUUAUAAUUGCUUUAAUCUUUGAUUGUAUUUUACAUAUUCAUAUUAUUACACCAAUGUUUGGUCAAACAGCACCUGGAGUAACAACUAUAUGUGGUGCUGAUAAUCGUUAUCCAAUUUAUUCAUAUUUUUAUACUGAAAUUUGGCCAAUUAUUUCUCUUCUUACAAUUACUGUUAUUCCAGCAAUUUGUAUGCUGUUUUUUCUUAUAGCUAUAACAAUAAAUGUACAAGCUAGUCGAAAUCGAAUUAUUCCUAUUCAACAAACAAAUUUAAAUCGACAUGAACAACGACGUGCACGUUUUCUUCAUCGACAAAUGUUAAUACUUAUGUUUGUUACUUUAAUGGUCUUUUUUCUUACAACAUUUCCUGUUGCUUUAAUGCGUUUUAUAUUAUCUAAUUCAAAUAUUCAACAAUCAUUUUCUUUUAGUCUUUUAUUACUAUCAAUACUUGAAGUAAUAACAUUAUCAAAUUAUUCAUUAAAUUUUUAUUUACAUUGUUUAACAUCAAAAUUAUUUCGAAAAGAAUUUUUUAAAUAUAUUCCAUGUUCGAUUUCAAUUACUUUUCGUCAAUCAAAUCGUGCUACUAAUAUAGGUAUUACUCAACAAUAUUUCACUCAUCGACAACAAGGAACUGUAACACAAUUAAUGGGACAUAGAUCAAAUACUAAUGAACUUGGCAAGAACAAUACAACAAAUAUAUGA